AUGAACAACAAAGGAAAAAGAGGAAAGACUCGAGGAGGAGGAGAAGUUUGUCUUAAACCUCAUCGUGAACCCGAAAAUCCAACCCCCUGUCCUCCUCUUCCUCCUGCUGCAGCCACCAUCCCGCCAGGUGCCUCCUCCCACAGGACGAAGAGACAUCUCCCUCGUGGCUUCAUGAUCCAGCUGACGGGGACGAAGGAGGGAGGCCGGGACAGCGCAGACAACAGCGAGCUCCUCUUCUCCCUGGAGCGGCAGGAAGACUUCCCAUCAAUUUCUCUCUCUAAAGAGAGGGAGAUCUGUGAGGAUGAGGAGAGCGGGCUCAAGUCCAUGGCCUUCCAUGUCUCCAUCUCCCCCUCUUCCCCCUCCUCCCCCAACUGCCCUGGCUUCCUCUCACCGGCACCGCCAUCACCGGUGACCUCAAGGUCGUCAUCGCCCAGCCACCGCCCGCUGGCCAGCCUGGUGAAGUCUCUCUCCACUGAGCUGGAGCUGAAAGAUGGUGGCUCCACACUGAGGCCACGGCCGCUCCUCAACCUGGUCAAAUCCAUCUCCACCGAGAUCUCCCGUUCGGAGCCGGAGGUGUCGCAGUCCAAAUCUGACUCCCGCCUCAACCUCCACGUACUGAGGCAGCUGACUCAGCCCAAGGCCCGGAGCAACGGCGACUCCCGCACCGCGCCUCCUUCCCCCAGCUUGCUCUCACCCAGUGGGGACGGCCCCAGGGUGGGGUUCUUUAAGAUGGAGCUGGAGGACACCAAGCGGAAGCUGUCGGAGGCAGUGCAGGAGCCUCUGAGCAGCAUGCUGAGUAUCAUGAGGGAGGAGAGCCCCAAGUAUCAGUGCAGGAGUCAAGCUGCCAGGGGCUUCAGCCAGGAGGGCAGCGUGGACAUGGGUACAUCAGAUUCCCCAGUGAGGAGUGCCAAGAGGUCAGACAAUGAUUUACUGCCCGUCUUCGACUGGCCCUGUGUUAGGCCGCCCAGGUGUGGCCCCCCCGCCACCUGCCCUGUGCACCACACCAGACCCUCCAAUAGAGAGGAGGAGCUGGAAAACUGUGCCAAUGGUGACGAGAUGCAGGUGGUAACUGUGGCGACUGACAAACGGAUGGAGAGCUUUGCCUUUGGUCCCCCACUUCCUUCAAGACCACCACUACCAACCCCUCCGGUCCCAGCUCCUCAUCCUCCAGUGCCACGGAUGAGUUUAUUCUGUGUGGCGGUGUUGUCCUACAGUUACCUCAUCCUGCCACUCAGCCCCUACAUGUCUGGACUGGUUCUAGGACUGGCUGGCUUCUUACUGGGACUGCUGGUCAUUAGACUGGGUUCCUCCAGGUCCCACCUGUUGGUUCACACAUACAGACUAACACAGACGCUGUCAGGACCGGGGACGGGAGCAGCUGACACCUUUGGCACAGAGCUGGGUGUCCUCAAGGGUUGGAUUAGUGAGAUAAACGAGUAUGAUCCGGAGAACCACCAUCCGUGUCUCACCCACUCCGUCUUUGCCUCGCUGGAGGGUUCCUGUCUGCGUCUGGACUACCCCCCAUCCAACGUCAGCCGCCGCGCCGCGUUUGACGAGAAGCUCCAUGACAUCACCUUCAUCAAAUCACGCUGUUUCCAACUGACAAACAGUAGGGUGUUCCUCCUGCCAUCCAUUCUGGCCAGAAAGCGGCUCUGGAAUCCAAAGUACCCCAUCUGCAUCCAGCUGGUGGAGGGAGCGGUGCCCCCGGAGGAGGAGAGCCCCGGAGAAGAGCCGGCUGCAGAACCAGGAACCCAGAGACGACCCCCCUCCACCCCCGCCCCGCCCCCACCUGCCGUCCUUUACCUCUUUGGCCGGACAGGAAGAGAGAAGGAAGAGUGGUUCCGCCACUUCCUGUCUGCAUCCCGGUGCACAGAGAGGGAGGAGGAGGAGAGAAAAAAAGACGGCGCGGCGCCAUGUGUGUCCAGACUGGGUAGGAAGCUAGACGUAACCCCAGGAGCGGUACCGAGCGGGAGCCCAUCGGGUCUCGUUCAGGACAGCAGAGAAGGCAGCGCUGAAGACGAGGGUCUACCUACACCGUCUCCACCCUCCGUAUCCAGCAGCACCAGGGGUGUCUCCCUGCUGGACUACCACAGUUACAUGGCCCGUCUCCUGGCCGCAGAUCUACAGAGGACCCCCCUCCUUAGCCCCACCGCCAGCAGCACAGCAUCAAGCCCCACCGUCAGAGGAAAAGUACAGUGCACCUGUGAUAUCCCAGAGAACCCCGUAGAGGGAGAGACCGCCUGGGUGAACGCUCUGAUUGGUCGAAUCUUCUGGGACUUCCUUCGAGAGAAGCACUGGGCCGACUUGGUUUCCAACAAGAUCCAGAAGAAGCUGAGCAAAAUCAGACUCCCAUACUUCAUGAAUGAGUUGACUCUGACGGAGCUGGACAUGGGCUCCUGUAUGCCCCAGAUAACUUCCACCUCCAGACCAGAGGUCAACCGCCAAGGUCUGUGGUUGGAGGUGGAGCUGGUCUACACUGGAGCUCUCCAGAUGAGUCUGCAGACCAAACUCAACCUGUGUAAGCUGGGAAAGGAGGGGGGCCAGGACCCCGACUGUCUGACACACACCAGCAACCAGGGGUGCAGGCCCGUCCUGAGCGUGCUGGCAGACAGUGAUGAGGAGUCAUCCAGCGCUGGUUCGUCCGAUGAAGAGGACGUUCUCCUCUCAGAGCCUCAGGGGCCGCAGGGGGAAAAAGGAGCCGCGCCAGCAGGGGCUGAUGGGGCGGCGGGCAGGAAAACGGGGAGGAAGAUUUGGAGGUUUGUGGACAAGAUCGCAAAGUCCAAGUACUUCCAGAGGGCGACAGAGAACGAGUUCAUCAAAAAAAAGAUCGAAGAGAUGUCCAACACCCCCCUCCUGCUCACGGUGGAGGUCCGGGAGCUGUCGGGGACACUGGCCAUCAACAUCCCACCGCCCCCUACAGACCGGAUAUGGUACAGCUUCUGUGCGCCACCUAAGCUGGAUCUGCGUGUCCGUCCCAAGCUGGGAGAGAGGGAGGUGACCUUCUGUCAUGUGACCGAGUGGAUUGAGAAGAAACUGCAGGACAAGUUUCAGAAAGUGUUCGUCCUGCCCAACAUGGAUGACAUCUACCUGCCCCUGAUGUACUCUGGGAUGGAGAGCCCCCUGGCCUCCAAACAGCCCUCCUCUCAAUCCAUAAGGAGCCAACACUCCUCCACGGAGUCCACAACGAAAAUCCCGGCGGAGACGUCUGAGACGGCGACUUGUGAGUCCCAUGAGAGCGACUGA